CACGAAUCUACUAAAGAAGACAAUAUCCUGAUCCGCAGUCGAAACCAAUUGACAUCACUACCUCGAGAGAUAUGCAGGCUACCCCUUCAGACAUUGCUAGUCGCGCACAACAGAUUAGCAUCUCUGCCAGACGAGCUCGGCAGGAUGACAGCAUUGGCAGAACUGGACGCAGGUUGCAACGAAAUCACGAGUCUUCCACCUCGAAUGGGCGACCUUGCGCGACUCCGGUCUCUAGACUUGAGGAGCAACUUGUUGGUGCACCUGCCUAUAGAACUGACGUACCUGAGACUCGUGAAGCUGGAUAUUAGCGGCAAUCGAAUAUCUGUGCUUCCAAAUGAGAUGAGGAAGAUGAAGAGCUUGGUGGAUUUUAAACUGUCUGAUAAUCCGUUAACUUCGCCGCCUGCCUCGCUAUGCAUUCGCGGGCGAACGCACAUUUUCAAGUACUUGGAGAGACAGGCAGCGAAACACGAGAGAGCUAGAGGCAGUCGGACGCGACGGACACCUCUGGACACGAGGGGUCACGCGACACUGGACACGAGGUCACACCGGCGGCACAACGUUGACAGCGGAUACAGCACCAGCGACGGUGUCGACAAACGUUGGUCCCAGGAAAUCCACAGCGCGGUGCACGACGGCGAAGUUCGCGGCUUGUGGCGGCAGGAGUGCUCACCGCUUUCGAUAACAUUACCACACGAGGUAGGCGUGAACGGAUCCUGUAGCGGUACAUCGACACCCAGCACAAUUUCACCUGGGGAGCACACAUCUCUGGAAGAUGAGUUGGGCAAGGCAAUGAUACUGCACGAUCAACUGGAAAAGAGGAGAUUGGAGAGGAGCACGUCGGAGAAUGGGGCAGACAUUAGAAGACCGAUGAUCUCUGGCCUUCAUCACACAUCGAUUACGCCACCGGGCCAUCUGGAGUCCACGCAUUUGACGAGUCAAUCGCAGCAGAUAUCGUCCGCGCAGCAAUCAGUACAUCCGCUUCAAACGGCAACGAAUCCCGCUGCGAUGGUGAACGGCGAUGAUAAGGGGUCGUUCAAUCACAUACAGACGUACAGGGAGUACAAAGAAGCUCUAAAGCAACAAAGAGCUAAUGAAGGUCCAAGCGUGUACAGACCUCGCGAGCAAGUGACACCUCCAGGCAACGAGACGCAGAAUGAGACCGAUACUGGUAACAAUAAAGAAACCAUAGCUUUGACCGGCAAACAAAUCUUCAACGAAGAUAACGCGUUGAAGAGGCCAGUGCAAAAAGUUACUCCGUCACGAAUAAAUUACCAAAACAUGCCGAUUAUCAAUGGCAGUAACAGCGAGUACAAUAAUAAAAAUGGAAAAUAUCUCGAGCAACCGUACAAAAAGCCCAGCUCGCCCAUCAAAACUUCGAGUAGUAUUCUGUCCACAAACUCAAGUCCAGUGCACGCGCCCAGGCUGGUGAAAACUGCUGUUGGUUACGUUGAAGGCAACAAGAGUCCCAGUAGAAACGGCGGUAGUCCAAAAUCUCCGCGAUCCGUCACAUGGAAUAGUAAUGUGCCUGAAAAAUAUUCCUUUACUAUGAGAAGAGAGUUCGAGCGGGCCAAAGAAGAAGCUGAUCUCAUCGAACAACUACGAAAUCAUAUAGAGACAAGAUUGAAAAUGGCAAUGCCAGAAGACCUCGCACCAGCGUUAACGGAUGGCGUUGUUCUCUGCCACUUAGCGAAUCAUGUCAGACCACGAGCGGUUGCUAGUAUACAUGUUCCUUCUCCCGCUGUCCCGAAGCUGACAAUGGCACGAUGCAGGCGUAACGUUGACAACUUCCUCGAAGCAUGCCGGAAGAUCGGCGUCGCUGAGGAGGUGUUAUUGGACGCGGAUGCAAUCAUGGAUAUGGGUUACAUGGACGCGUACGGGCUGGAGGCUUUGGCGCGUCUCGUCACCGCUCUUCUCCUUGUUCGUGAUGAGGGGGAGAGUGGCACCGAAGAGUCGGCAGGUUCACCCCGUACGAUUCAGGACCGCGUUCUGUCCGCAAUGCUUUUUGCCACAUUCCUAUCUGCCCUAGUUCUGCUAUAUCUCUUCCCGAUUCCCGAUUAGUGAGACAGUGCAACUGGAAAACCGCUAAUAUGCAAAAACAGAAGAUCGACGAGAAAAAGGGAAAAAGAAUAUCAAGAAAAAUAAAUAUUCCGAGACGGUGAUUCUCAGAAUAUUUUCUUUUUUUGACUAGCGUAAAUGUUACGUUGCGUCAUUUUCGCUUUUGAUUGUACCAAGUCUGAAAGUCAUCGUCUCGUUUGAACAACGAUAUACACGACGCUUUCAAUGUUCGUUUCACAACUCGAUAUUUUUAGGAGUAUGUGUUUAAUUACUUUUGAUUUGAUUCGUACUUAUUUAUACUUUAUAUUUAUUAAAAGCUUGAAAAAGUGUUAUGAAUCAAAUCUGAUUUUGAUGUUGAGGAUUCUCAAAUGAUGUUUGAUAAAUUUGGAACGAAGAAAAAAUGUGCAUUAACAGCUUGUUUUUCUUGUGAGUAGAGAGAGACUAAAUGUUUACGUAACAUAAACAGAAAAAUUACAGAACUACAGGGCGAUCGUCGACAUCAAAGUAAUUGUAAUUUUUUGAAGCAUAUAAAUCAAAGGCACUUGUUUAGACGCUUUAAAGAGUAUUAGAACAUAUCUUCUGCUGCAUACGGAAUUAUUAGUCCUCACCAUGGGCAAAGUACUUAGCUCACAAGAAUCGAUUUAUUCAUAAUAGUAGCUUUAAUAAGGUUGCUCGCUUUUUUUGACUUACGCUCGUGUAAGCUUCCUCGCUCGAAUAUGUGAGCGAGAAAUCUUGUAACCAGUGAAGAAUUUUUGGAGAUAGUUUUUAAGUGUUGAUAGGCAGCUUGAUGGGUCGUUUAGUCGACUAAAUAUUAUAUAAGUUUAUAUUUUUCUUUUUUUGAAGAAGUCUCAUUAUUCAUCGAUGAUUGUAACGAGAAUAUCAACGAAAGUUUAGGAGAUAAUAUCUUCUGUAAAACACCAUUUUUGUAAGCGAAAUUUCUUUUUAUUCUAUAUACUCAUUAGUUUCUUCCGAACUGUGAAUUAAUGUAAAAUCAAAGAGCGCAAUCAAAGUAGAAGGCGCUCGCAUAUCAUGUUUAGUUGUCUGUAAAUGUAUCUUACAGAAUGUACCAGUUAUAUGAUCGCCUCUUACAAUCAUGCAAGUUGGCUGUCAUCGGCUAGACCGAAAAAAAUGAUAUUUUGAUAAAAAAAGAAAGGAUAAUGAUCGAGAUCGAGAACUGAUGUGCAAUACUCGUUCAAAAAUUGUAUAAGUCGUAUAUACCUAUCCCGUUUAACUUUUCGAAUUUUCGAAAAGUAUUUAUUGCCUUCUAUACGAUGAAAACCUCAGAAUCUGCUGGUAUUGCGACAUCAUUCUCUGUGUUUAAUAUGCCUGGGUCAGCGAUUGUCCCUCAGGAAGAGAAGAAAGAGCGAACGGAAGAAUAAUUAUGAUGCCUCUCUGAUGGCAAUAUUUUUUUAAGAUUCGACCAAUGAAACGCCUUCGGCUCUUUCAGAAUUGGUGGAUCUGUGAUAGGUAGCCUGCGAGUGUUACAUGAUUCACGAAAAGGUGCUAAGGGAAUCUUUUUUUAGUUCGAGAAUUUUCUAUUUUGGUAUGUAAGGUCUAACAAAAGGAUAGUUGGAAUGUUGAGAGAUAAUAUGAUGACGUUUAUAUUAAUCCGUUAUAAGUUAGAAGCGAUAUCGCUUUCCUUAUUCGUAAUUUCGCAAGUAGAUCGAUCGUCUUCUUUAUCGAUUAUUCGGCAUAAGAAAUGUUUUCAUUUCGGGAGGGAAGAAACAAAAUAGAGCACUUUUCGAUAUUUCAUCGACCAGAUAUAGAGUUUUGGUCAUACUCUAAAAAAAUAUUCUAGUUUAGAUUGAAGUUACUUUGAUCUCAAUAUUAAUUUUAUCUGAAGGUAUGAAAAGAGCAUCUUACUGAGAAUUUUGCCAUCUCUCGUAAUUAAAUGUGAAAAUCGAGUUUGUACAUCUGUAUUAAUACAGUAUAAUUAUUUAAUUUAAUUCUAAUCAUAGUAUUGAAACUUAAACUGACAAAAUCGAUUUAAACUUUGGAAUAUUUAUUCUCUCGAUAAAAACACAGCUACACAAAUCAGUGUAAAACUGUCAAUCGAGAUCAAAGUGAUAAACAAUCUACGAUAUAUGACAGGAAAGACACGGUGCCUAUUACCUGCCAAUUUAUUUUCAUAAAAACUCGAUAAAAAUGUAGAGGGCAUGUAUCGUCUAUAUGUAAGCGUAUAUUAUACUGUAAUGUUAAGAGGACGCUCUUCAAAUUUGUAAGACGGGAUCUCUGUCG